CAUUCACCACCUCUUAGCUCUUUUAUACUACUAUCUUCUCCCUCUCUUUGCUUCUCUAUUCUUCUUCAUUAUCAUCUUCAUCUCCAUCUUCUUCUUCAUUUCAAUCUCAACAGCGAACCAAAAUGGCGUCACUGGCGGCAUCCACAGCCGCUGCUUCCCUCGGCGUCUCUGAGAUGCUCGGAAACCCUCUUAACUUCAGUGGCGCUUCAAGGUCUUCUGCUCCGUCUCCAUCAACCCCUGCAACCUUCAAGACUGUUGCUCUGUUCUCCAAGAAGAAGGCUGCUCCGCCGCCCAAGUCCAAACCUGCCGCCGUCUCCCCGGCUAAUGAUGAGCUCGCCAAGUGGUACGGGCCUGACAGAAGGAUUUUCUUGCCGGAGGGUCUGUUGGACAGAUCGGAGAUUCCCGAGUACUUGACCGGUGAAGUUCCUGGAGAUUACGGGUAUGAUCCUUUUGGGCUCAGCAAGAAGCCAGAAGAUUUCAGCAAAUACCAAGCAUACGAGUUGAUCCACGCGAGAUGGGCAAUGUUAGGUGCAGCCGGCUUCAUCAUCCCGGAAGCCUUCAACAAAUUUGGUGCCAACUGUGGGCCUGAAGCCGUUUGGUUCAAGACUGGAGCUUUGCUGCUUGACGGCAACACAUUGAACUACUUCGGAAAGAACAUUCCCAUCAACCUGAUCGUUGCGGUCAUUGCUGAAAUCGUUCUUGUUGGCGGUGCUGAAUACUACAGAAUCAUCAAUGGCUUGGACUUGGAGGACAAGCUGCACCCAGGUGGUCCAUUUGACCCACUGGGAUUAGCCAAGGACCCAGACCAGGCUGCACUGCUCAAGGUGAAGGAAAUAAAAAAUGGCAGACUGGCAAUGUUCGCCAUGCUUGGUUUCUACUUCCAAGCCUACGUUACCGGAGAGGGUCCAGUGGAGAACCUUGCCAAACAUCUCAGCGAUCCCUUCGGCAACAACUUGCUCACUGUCCUCGCCGGAUCCGCCGAAAGAGCUCCAACCCUCUGAUUAAAAAACAUGAAUGAUCUAAUUCACUUUACUAGCGCCUGUAUCCUGGAUCCAAGAUACUCAAUCCUCUAAUGCAUUAAAAUUGUACAUCAAUCUCAUUUCUACUAGUUAUUCCUUUUGCGCUUGCUGUGCUUGGAAUUUCACCUGUGUUCCA